AUGAGUUCAGAAUGCUUGGGGAACAUUUUGCGUAUAAUUGUGAGCACAGAAUACUUUAAGGACCAGUACUUAUCUUUUUCUGUUGUUGAUAAAUCAGGCAUAGCCUGGGAGCUAACUGAGACUAUGGCAUCACAGUGUGGCUAUACAGUAACUUACAGCAAUUGGAGUAACAUCGAGUUCCGUGCUUCAGUUCUAAGCUGCCAUUCUCACUUAGAGAAAGAUGUGUUUGUAGUAACUAUACAAAUCAAAGCAUCUCAUACUCAUGAUAUGAAGAAUGCUACAAUCCAUCUGAAAAGUGCAAGCUGCUAUUAUGGUCCAUGGAGUCCAAGAGAGUUACUAUGUGAAAGUAAUUACAUGGAGGUUUCUGUCAGGAGGGAGGUUCCACAGACUAUAAAAGGCUUAACUCAAGAUGAACUUGAUGACUGGACUCUCACCUUUCCAGAGACGAAAAGAGAAGAAGCCUCAAUAUGGCAAAUAGUGUUUCAUCAGCCAGAAGAAAAAAAGGCUCUGCUUGUGAGAGAUGCUUGGAGUGCAGGCUACGGAUUCAACACCACAGACACCAGAGUUCUGCUGCGAAUUCCAUACACUGCCACACAAAUUCAGCUGUUUGAGGAUCAGGGAAUUAUAUUAUCUGCAGUGAGAUCAAGCACAUUUUACAGACAGAGAUGGAUGAUCCUGAUGGUGGAUACCACUGUGGCAUGUCCUUUAGAUGGUGUAAAUUACACGGACAAAACUAUUAUCUGGACUGUUCCAAAAUACAUUCAACCACUAUCUACUGGAGCAACUAGCUUUAAGGAUGUGCUUGUUGAGGCUGGUGUGGAUCUGCAUAGACUCUCUGCCAAAGAAAUGGCUUCCAGGAAAUAUGUGUUAUUGAAUAACUUAAAUGCAAUCACAAUGGAGAUACCAAUAGGUGCUGAAGGUGGCUAUUACAAGACUUCUGUGAGCAGUGGACACCAUGGGGCAAAAUAUACCAUCAACCUGUUCUUGGAACAUCAGUGGGAAGAUAACAAAUGGGGACUAACCAAAAAUACUAUUAUAAAGGAAAUAGAAACACCAUUUGAACAAGUAGAAAUUACUAUAACCAACAACUCAAAUAUGAGUGCAAGGUUGAUGAAUGUGACAGUGGGGACAUUUCUCUCGGAUGUGGAGCUUGUGGACUUAACCAUUGACAAGGAAACUGUUGCUGUAGCUCAAGCUGUCCAGUAUGGCUAUCUAACAUACCAGGUCAGAUAUGCUAAUGGAAGCAAAGCCUACGUAAUACAAGUCCCACUUGAUGCACCAAGCAUUAAGAAAGAGUACAUGAGAGCAGACAUGAGAGCAUACACCCUGAAUGUCACACUUGCCUUUAUAAUCCAUCCAACAAAUGAGACCUUCACUGUCCCUGUCCUAACAGUGUCAACUGUUAAAGAUGCAGUGUUGCCAAGUGCAAGAGGAUUUUGUGAUGAGAGGAACCUUCAUCUUGUUGUCACCCGUGGGAACGUGGACCAAAACUGGUUACCUUUCAUCUCAGACUACCACCUGACCCCAGAGGCUGCACAGAAGCACAGUUACAGCCUGAGCGACAAUGGCACUCACUUGGCAAUCUCUGUCCCUUUCCUUUCUUCCCAUGUGAACUAUGAGGAUUUUCAUACCUCUGGAAUAAAGACUUCACUCCACCUAACCUUAAAGGAUGGUGUCACCUUGGCUAAUAGAAGAGACUUCUCGGUUUCCUGCAGAUUCUCACCUUCAGAGCUAAUACAGUGCCUUCCCAAUGGCACUGUGGUUAUUACAGCAGUAAAACUGGUUGGAAUUGCAGACCUAGACACCAGCUUGCUUGUCUUGAGAGACAGACGAUGCAAACCUCAACUAGUGACAGAAAAGACUGCAACCUUCAAGUUCAAUGUGAACACUUGUGGAACAAGCAGAAAGUUCAAUAGCACGACUAUGACAUAUGAGAAUGAUGUGCUCUAUUUCAGACUUGGUAAUGGUACACCAGUAUAUCAACUGAAAUUUGUAUGCUGGUAUGCAAUCAAGCAGACUGUUGAUGUCCAAUAUGAAUCUAAGAAGAACCCUGUACCCAGUGUAAAGCCAGGAUUUGGCUCUCUUGCUCUUUCAUUAAAGCUUUUCAAAGAGAAAUCCUAUUUGGACCGCUACCAGGAUUCAGAGUAUCCUGUGGUAAAGUACCUGAGGGAGGCACUAUAUUUUCAAGUUGAACUUAUCCAGCCUAAAGAUGCAAGACUGGAACUAAACCUGGAUAACUGUUGGGCUACAAAGUCUCCAAGCCAAGACAGCCUUCCCCAGUGGCCCAUCCUUACAAAUGGGUGUGAAAACAGGGAAGACUCUUACAGAACUGUCUUCCACAAAGUUAAUUAUAGCCUCAAAGUAAAAUUUCCUCAGCAUCUAAAGAGAUUUGAAGUGAGGAUGUUCACCUUUGUACAAGGCACAACUUUGUUACAAGAGCAGCUGUAUUUCCACUGCAGUGUGGUGAUCUGCAGUACUAUGCAACAGCCUUCAGACUUCCUUUGUCCAAGGAGAUGCAGCCCUGGGAAACACACACUUGACCACAGCACAGAACCACAUCCACAUGGGCAAGCAUCAUCUGGAGCAGUGCUUGUCAAGAAGAAAAAACUUCUCUCUAUAGGUGAAUAUGCUGACUUUUGA